AUGGCACAAACAACAGCCCAUCCUCAUUCAGCACUUCAUUUAUAUAAUUUUCUAUGUGCAAUUCGAUCGACGUUUUCAAGUGCUGAUGAGUACCAACAAGAGUUCGAAAGUGUUUUACUGGCCCCACGAUACACACCCGAAUUGUUCAAUGGUGUUGUGACACUACUGCAAGGUGUCAUGUCAAUGUCAGCAACAGCAACCACCACUGAACGAGCCACUUUUUGGCCUGAGCUGCAACACAUUAUGCAAGCAGCACAUAAGGAUCCACACUACGACUCGCUUCUGUCACGCGUAACAGAAAGUUUCUUCUUUAUUCGUCAUGUGGAUUCUGUGUUGAACAAUGACAACCAGUUGGAAGCAUUCAUACGAAGCUUACUUUUGGACUAUCCGGAUGCCCAGCAUGCGCAAGUCAUGGAAUCUAUUGCUGGUUUCUUGGCAACCCUUGACUCUACAACGCGUGCUGGCGUGGAAUCUGUGCUUAACGAUCAACGACACUCCUCUGCUGAACAAGGCUCUCCAGAUCAUUUGCUUCGUAUCCGACGGAUCCUCGAUGACGAUGCGCUAUUUAUGGAGUUUAAGGACAUUGUGGAUACGGAUACCGUGGCAGGCGUCCCAUGGAACGAUACGCUGUUAAAACUGUACGGAUUGAUUCGAUUACGCAAACCAGAAGUAUGGGAAUCCAUCAGUUAUAUCUUGGAUCAGGCACAAGCAGCGCAUGAUACAACCCAGUACAGCUCAUACGAAGAAUACGUUCAGAAGAACUUUUUGGAAGAUGGGGGUCAACAGUAUUUGGAUAGUGAGAUUGACCGAGCACGCGUGGAAAGUAUGCUGGAUAGUCUAACAAUGUAA